AUGGAGGGGACGGAGUGCGGGACCGAACAAGCCAAAAGCUCCGUUCCGCUACGCACGCACAGCAACGAAAAUCUGCUAAAGUUUGACACGCACGACAAAUACUCAACUGUAGCAUCCGUAAAGAAAGCGAUCAUGCGCAGUCUUCCACCACCGAAGACGAACGUACCACCACAACCGCUGUUCACCGGUUUGUUGCGUAUGGCAAAGAGCCCUAACACGCCCCUCUUGUUCCUAGCAUUUGAGACUCCCGAGCACCGCGCGGCGGCAGCUGAAAUGCUGAGCACAAUGUCCUUCCGCGGGAGGAAGCCAUGGCAUGAAGUGCCCGUAACGCCACGAGACCUACAACUCACUUACAAAGGUGCCGGCCGCAAGCGAGAGCGGACAGAAGAUGCAGAGGGCCAAAGUAAGGUGACUCAAUGGGGAGGCUGCCCAAUGGAAGAACAACUGCAACGCAAAAAAAAGCACUGCUUGCAAGUAAUGAGAGCUAUAACCCUCGGCGGGGGCAGCGAAUAUGAGAAACUCUUCACGGGAAUUCACCCUAGCCCGCAUCAGACAGGUUACCGAAAUCACGUUCAGUUUACAUUUGGCUUUACGGAAGCUGGAGAAGCAACGAUUGGGUUUUUGAAAGGUUCUGUAAUUGAUGGGAUAUACGCCAUUGAGUCUGUCUUGGAGAAAGAUAUUGAAACGGUAAAUCCUCUUGCAAAGUUGGUGGCAGAUGCGGUCAUGACGGUCUAUCACUUGUUCAAACCAUUAGAGAAGGGUGGGCUGGAGGUCUACGACAAAAUCAAAGAGGAGGGUUUUUGGCGUCGCCUCCAGGUGAGGCAUAAUGUGCUCGGAGAGGUUAUGGUGGAUGCCGAAAUGGAUACUGAAAGUGUGGCGGAGGAUAUUGUGGCGAGUGUCAAAGCACAGCUCGUAGCUGCGUUGCAGGGCGAAACGUUGAGGAAGAAACUUUGCGCUGCGCAUGGCAAAGAUACGGCAAAUAUCGUGAGUGUGCAGUACCACCAUGGGACGGGUAUGAACCCUGCACCUCCUGAAGCUCCUCGGCACGUUCUCUUCGGGAGUGCAACACUUACUGAGCAUCUCUUGGGGCUGCAGUUUGAACUUAGCCCCACAUCCUUUUUUCAGGUGAACACAGCCGGGAUGGAGCUGCUACUGCGCGAAACCGUGGCGGUAGCGGAGCUGACCCCCGAAACGACACUAUUGGACCUCUGCUGUGGCACUGGAACGAUUGGAAUUGCCCUGGCCAAACACGUGAAACGGGUGAUUGGUAUUGAGCUUGUGGAAUCGGCAGUGCGUGACGCCCGCCUGAAUGCUGAGCGCAACGGCGUGAGGAAUGCCACGUUCAACUGUGGUCGUGUAGAGCAUCUCCUGCCCAGUGUUAUUAGCCAGUUGAGUCCAGAAGAUCGUAAGGACAUCGUGGCGAUACUCGACCCACCGCGUGCGGGCGUGACGCCAACGGUGCUAAAGUGGAUACGCGGAACCGCUACAAUACGCCGUCUUGUGUAUAUCUCGUGUGAACAGAAAGCCCUACAGCGGGAUUGCCCACCGCUAACGAAACCGGCGACGAAAGCCUACAGAGAAUCUCCGUUUAACGUUGUGGCAGGAUUUGCUAUUGAUAUGUUCCCACAUACACCACACGUCGAAAUGGUGGCCGUCCUUUCCAGAAGUAAUAGCUCAUAA